CCCAUUGCCCGAAUGCCUUGUGCCCGGGUAUCGUGAUCCUUUUUCCACGUUCUUCCUUGCCAAUUGACCGGUUCCCACCACCCAUCGAUUCUCCGACACGGCCGGGCCGUCUUACCUAAACCUCACUGAGCUGUCCAUAAACGAAGCUCUUAUUGCUCUCUUCCCCCCUCUUUCUCCAAGCUUCCAUCGGUCUCUCUUCCAGGUCUAUCUUUCUCUGUCUCUCUCUUCCGCUCUCGGUAUACAUCCCUCUCCCCUAGAACCAACGAACCACCCCUCUCCCCCGGAUACGACGCAUUUCCCGAUACAGACUCACAACGAGACGAUCAGGAGCUAUCACUUGCCUCUCCUCUGCUCAUCCCACGUCAUCAACCCCGCUGGAGCUCCUUACAUCGUUGCUUCAUUCGACCUGUGUGCUGUGCCGUGAAUCUGCCAGGACUGAUCGUCAGUCCUGCCCUGCCAGAGACAGCUAGCUUCAUCUCGGCCUGUCCAAGUCGCCGCCCAGCAAAACGGCCUGGCCUAGCUCUAGCUAGUGACAUCAUCCCGCCCGCCUCCCAUUGCAAAAACUAAACGGUCCCCAAAGGCCAAAGGGAGCGGGUUGCCGGUUAUCAUUUUUUCGGCUGGGAACAUUGGAUCAAUCGGCAUUUUGUCGUUUAAUCCUCAGGACGACAACGACCACAUUCACUUACAGCGCACUCUGCUUAGGUAGGCAACGCACGCAACAGACAGUCGCAAUGUUCCGCCCCUUCAGCGCCCGUCUCGCGCGGACAGUCCGUCCCAUCACCCAGCAUGCCCAUGUCCGCGCCAAAUCCUCCCAAACUUCCUCCCAGGCAGGCAUCGCGGCCGCCAGGAUCCAACAUCAACAUCAGUUGAGGUCAAUCAGCGGCAGCGCCAACGUCAGAGAAAAGCCCCAUCCCGGCCAAUACUCGAGAACCGAUCCCGACGUCACGGUCGAGUACCCCGAGGACCACGAGCUCCCCUCUAGCCAGCCCGUCCGCGGCCACGGCGGUGGCAUUGGCAAGCCCACGCUUGCUUCCUUCUCCCUUGAGGGAAAUGUCGGCGUCGUGACUGGCGGUGCUCGCGGUCUGGGCUUGGUCAUGGGCCAGGGCAUGGUCUACUCGGGCAGUGAUCUCGCCAUUGUCGAUCUGAACAAGGAAGAGGCGGAGCUCCAGGCCAAGAACCUGAUCGAGGCGUUCAAGAGAGAGAACCCCGAAGCAACGAGAGCCCCCAAGGUGACUGCUCACCACGCGGACGUCUCGGACCCCGCGUCCGUCGAGGCCUGCAUCGCCGAGGUCCUUGCCGCCCACGGCAAGAUCGAUAACCUUGUUACGUCGGCUGGCUUCACCGAGAAUUUUGACGCCGUUAACUACCCCAUUGACCGCAUGCGCAAGCUCUGGGGCGUCAACGUCGACGGCACCUACCUCUUCGCUAUCGGCGUCGCGAAGCAUCUCAUGGAGCGCAAGUCGCCCGGCAGCAUGGUCUUCAUCGGCAGCAUGUCUGGCUCCAUCGUCAACAUCCCCCAGCCGCAGGCGCCUUACAAUGCCGCCAAGGCAGGCGUCCGCCACUUGGCCGCCUCCCUGGCCGUCGAAUGGGCCCACGCCGGCAUCCGUGUCAACUGCAUCUCCCCCGGCUACAUGCUCACAGCUUUGACCGAGAAGAUCCUUGACGACAACCCGGACCUUAAGCAGAAGUGGACCUCCCUGAUCCCCCAGGGCAAGAUGGGGCAGCCCAAGGACCUCAUGGGCCCCGUGACCUUCCUCCUGUCCGACGCCUCUCAGUACGUGACGGGCGCGGAUCUCCGCGUCGAUGGCGGAUAUACCGUUACAUAAACCAGCCCGAUUACAUACUGAUAUUGGGAAGAGGGAAGGGGGCCAGCGGUCGGGAAAAAGGCGACAAAAGCUACAUAUCGGUAGAAUGAUGGGCGUUUUUGCUUCGGAGACAAAUAGACGUCGGCAUCUGCUUAGCAGUCAAAUCAAUGACCAAACAUUAAUAUCACAA